AUGCACACAACCAGGGCCCUGGAAGAGGCGCGGCUGGAGGGGUUGCCUCAGGAGCAGCGGGCCGCGUACGAGGCGGAGGCGGCGCGGCUGCGGGUCGAGGCGGGGCUGGCGCAGAAGGCGGCGAUGCGGGCGGCCCUGGAGGGCGCAGGGCAGCGUGUGGUGAUCGACUGCUCCUAUGUGACGCAGGUCGAGGAACUGCAUGCUCCCCGCCACGGCGAGCGCGUGCGGGAGAUUGUCGCCCAGGCCAACGUCCGCAGCCUGGCCAAGCAAGUGGAGAUUGCGAUGGGCAUGAAUCGCCGCUCCCAGCGGCCCGUGGCGCUCAACCUCACGUCGUUCAGAGGCGACCUGGCCGCAUUCUGCGACCACUCUGGCGCGCGCUCGUGGCCGGUGCGGCGCCACGAGGAGCAUGUGCUGGACGUCUUCGCCUCGGAAGCCUCAAACCUCGUGAUGCUCACCCCCGACGCUGCGGCGCCGCUGGAGGGGCCGCUGGACCCUCGGGCGAUUUAUGUGAUUGGCGGCAUCAUCGACAAGUCGGUGAUCAAGGGGCUGUCCCUUGGAUGGGCAGAGGCGGCGGGCGUGCGGGCUGCGAGGCUGCCAGUCAGGGAGCAUGCCGCUGAGUUGGGGAUGAGCUUUGACGGCGCGAACAAGACGCCGGUGCUGUCGGUGUCGGAUGUGGUAGCGGCGAUGAUCGAGGCGGGCCGCACCGGCGGCGACUGGACGGCGGCGCUCGCCGUAGCGCUGCCGGAGCGCGUGCGGCGGGCUGGAGUUCCAGGGCGGCGGAGGCGGUAG